AUGUGCAAACAGGGCCAGGCAAUUCUCGGGUGGUGGUGGCUGGUGGCCUCAGUUCCACGCCGGCCCACCGCUGGGCAUCCUCCUAGCAUGAAUGCAAAGGUGAAGACAGGCGCGGCGUGGUGGAGAAGAUGGCGCAGCUGCCCUCCCCUCAGCGUCGGGGAAGCGGCCGGCACAGAUCGAUUCUCUGGCAUCGCGGGAGAAGGCGGCGGCAGCGAGGCAGGAGAGAAGUGUGGCAAUGGAGGCAACGGCACAGCAGGGAGGGAGGAGGGGCCGCGGCGGCUCCCAGACCCAGACCCGAGCGACAGGCUUUACAUCGCGUAUAACAGAGAGCAAGAGGAAUCAAAUCAUAGUAGUACAGAGGCUUACCCGAUGCCACUGUUUGAGCUGCCGAAUGGCUGGGCUGUACAGCCGCAGCACAGACAGCAGCUUAAAAUCAGAAGCGAACGGCACCAAAGUCUACACACCUUGAGCUAA